AUGGAUCUGGUAUCAAGAACCACUGAGAAGUCUCCCUUCUCAGAGUGGAUUCAGAAUGAGCCUAAACCACGAGACUUCGUAAUCCCUUCUCUACCUGCGUUUAAUGGAAAGAUAGAUCUGUUAAACCACCUGUUUCAAUUCCAGCAGAAAAUGGCACUAGAAGCCAACAACGAAGCCAUUCAAUGCAAGUACAGUGCAAACCGUGAGGUACCAAGAACAUUGGCAGACCUCUAUCGGAUAGAGCAAAGGGAAAAUGAACAUCCGAAGUCGUAUCUACAUCGUUUCAUUGACCUCGUGCAUCAAAUCCACGAUGUCGACCCAGUUACCACGGCCAAUCUCUUCGUCAAAAGCUUGCAGGUGGGAUCUCUCUUGCAUGAAAAUCUCACCAUGACACCGCCUUAUGACAUGGAUGAGAUCCAGAUCCGAGCCGAGGGCGUCUUCAGAGUCCUAGAAUUUCGAGAGCGUGCGCAGAAGAAAUCCGCACUUAUCUCCGCUCCACCAACGAAUAACCCUCCACCACCUGCUAGAGAUGACAAGAGGAAGAGGAAACAGAUGGACCACACAAAGGAAGGGAAGAGGCCAAGACAGAGCCAAGAGUCACCACGGUAUCCUUCCUUCGAAUACACCGUCCCACAGGAAGUCAUUUAUGAAGAGAAUAAAGAUAGACCUAUCUGGCGUGAGCCGUACAAGAUUACCACUCCUCCAGACAGAAGAGAUAAAAACAGAUACUGCCUCUUCCACAAAGAUCAUGGCCAUACGGUCGCUGAAUGCCACAACCUGGACAAUCAGAUCCAGGCCCUCAUGAGAAGUGGAAGGCUAACCCAGUACAUUAAGGAGGCAGGCAGACCUGGCACCUCGCAGCAUAAUCCUACUUCUGCCCCAACACCACAAGCAGCCGACCCCAUGCGUACAGCCUCUACAAGCCCACAAGAACCUCUCAAGCAAGUCCCCAUGAUACAUGGGAUUGUGGAGCUCACUGAAGACCAAGAGCAUGCCACCAAAAUCCACAAGAGGAUGGAGGAACGGGUGAUGCGAUAUAGAUCAUUAGGCCACAUAGUCAAUCUUGUCACUUCGGAGGACAGAUGUUAUCCAGCCUCUGCUAUCACCUUCACCGACGACGACUUACAAGGAGUGCACCUACCCCAUGAUGAUCCUCUCGUCAUCUCGCUACAGGUCGACCAUUGCCAACUGGGUAGAGUUCUAGUCGAUGGGGGCAGUGGGGUUGACAUCCUUUUCUGGGAAGCCUUCCAGAAGAUGGGCCUAGAGGAAAAUCAGAUCCGGACCUCCACUACACCCAUUUUGGGAUUUAACAGCCAGAGGGUAUACCCGAAGGGCGUUGUACGAUUAACCGUGGUAGCCGCAGAACGUACCUUGCCAGUGGACUUCCUCAUUAUAGAUUCCAUCACAAGCUACAACACCAUCAUGGGGAGAAAUUGGAUCCACAUGAUGCAAGGGGUAGUCUCAACUUUGCAUCAGGUGAUGCGGUGCCACUCACCCAACGGACGCUAA